UACUAAAUAGAGUACUGUAUUGUGUUGAGAAGCCUGAGAAGGAAGAUGCAGCACUAUCUACCGUUGUGCACUGAUCUCUGAAAAGGUGAUUGAUCCGGGAACACCCUCACCCUCUCAUAUCUCAGUUCCCACUUCCCCGCUCCCCAAAUCAACGACUCUAUCAAUACCCAAACUUAUAUAUACUCUUUACAUCUCUCUCAGCCCAAGUGCUCAAUCCGACUACCACGACUUCACCACCACGAGUCCACGCCCACGACCACAAGCCUCUCUCUCUCUCUCUCUCUCUCUCUCUCUCUCUCUCUCUCUCUCGUUCCUCGUCCUCGACCAAGUUUGGUAAAAAAAAUCCUCCAAUGCUCUUUUAAUCCUCUUUCAAUUACAAAACCCUAAUUCCAAAAUUGGUCAUAAAAUCAUUAGCUUGUUAAAUUGUGUGAGUGGCGAUUCAUGACUGCAAGUAGCCUAUGUGUUUCUUGGGUUGAAUUGUGUUAAAGAAAAAUCCAUUUUCGAGCUUUCAAGAGUUUUUGAUUCUCAAUCAAUUGCAGAUCACUCUGUUUUAUGAAUUACUUGCAAUCGUAACCUCCUUCACAGUCGUAGUAUUUUCUUGUAACAGUUCAAUAAAAAUGUCUGAAAAGGAGAGUUCAUCUGUUUCUUCUACGGUAAUCCCAGAAGAUGAAGACCAUACUGCUGAUCUGCCUCGCACUUUCAAGUAUUUAAUGGCUACACAGUUUCUGGCUAGAGGGAUUCCUUUCAUAUUCAAUACAUGGAUUGUCCGGCACCUCACUGAAGAAGACUAUGCUUUGUAUGCUGUCCAAUUUCACCUAUUUGUCACUUGUGUCUUGUUCCUUAGUCGCGAGGGUUUUCGAAGAGCAUGCAUGAGGGCGGACUUCAGAUGUGAUGAUACAUCUGGAGGGGCAAAUGCAGCUAAACUACUAAAACUAGCUUGGAUGACUAUUCCACUAGGAGUAGUUAUUUCAGUUUCUGCAUGUUUAUUAAUCUUCUGGUGGCAAGAUUUAAAUUAUUCAAAUCCUUAUGCACAAGCUAUCUUGAUUCAUGGUUUUGCUUGUGUGCUCGAACUCUUGGCAGAGCCACUGUAUAUUCUCUCUCAGAAUUUGCUUCUCCUCAAGCUAAGGUUGAUUGUUGAAGCUGCAGCAACCCUUUUGCGAUGUGUGACAACCUAUGUGCUCAUAGUCAAAAGCACAAAUAUGGAAAAAGCGAUUGUAUUUGCAUUAGCUCAAACUGCUUAUGGAGGUUGUAUGUUCAUUGGUUAUUGGGGAUACUUCCUUUUGGUGCAUGCAUACAGAAUUUCAGAUCUUUUUCCUUUCAGAUUUGGAACUAUGUUAAAUCUUGAUAAGCAACUCUCGAGUAUGUGUAUGUUGUUUACCUUUCAAUCCUUCCGCAAGUUAAUACUUCAGGAAGGAGAAAAGAUGGUGCUUGUAUGGUUUGAUACACCAUAUAACCAGGCUGUGUAUGGACUUGUGGACAAAUUAGGAAGCUUAGUGGUGAGGUUGGUGUUUCUCCCUUUUGAAGAAAGCUCAUAUACUACAUUUGCAAGGUCUGCUGCAGGAGAACAUGCACAGAAGAGAACAAAAUUAGGAAAAUGUCUUAUUGAUGCUCUGAAGCUCGUUUUAUUGAUAGGUCUGAUAGUUAUGGCAUUUGGACCAAGCUUUUCUUACUGUCUCAUCAGAUUGUUAUAUGGUCAGAAAUGGAGUGAUGGUGAAGCAUCUAAAGCUCUCCAGCUUUAUUGUCUGUACAUCGUUCUUCUGGCUAUGAAUGGAACAUCAGAAGCAUUUUUGCAUGCAGUAGCAACAGAGAACCAACUCAAACGCUCGAAUGAUUCGUUGCUAAUAUUCUCGUUGGUUUAUAUUGUUCUAAAUGUAUUACUUAUUCGAUCAGCUGGAGCAAUUGGAUUAAUUCUUGCAAAUUCCCUGAAUAUGUUGCUUAGGAUCAUCUAUUCAGCCGUGUUUAUCAGGAAGUAUUUUCAGGGUACUUCCUCAUUUUCCUUCAGGAAGUGCUUACCUUCAGGUUGGAUAAUUUUGCCAGUUUUCUGUUUGGCAACUCUAAUUUCUGAGCGAAUUUUCCUGGACCGGGACAAAUUUUGGCCUACAUUUUCGAUUCACUUCUCUGUUGGGGUUACAUGCUUCUCUAUAGCUGCCACUGUCAUCUACCGUGGUGAGAGAACUUUCAUCAACAAUGUUGUACGCUUCCGUAAGCACGCUGAUUAGAAGAGGAAGUUAUGAACAUUUUUCCACAUACUGCUACAAGUGCUGUUAAAGGUGGGGAUACUACGCUUCUGCAAGGGCAUUGAUUAGAACAGGAAGUUAUGAACAUUUCCCAUUCACUGCUUCAAGUGCUUUGUUAAAAGGUGGGGAGAUUUGAUAAUACUAUGAACAUUUACAACUAAAGAGCAUCAGAAUACGCGCCGACUGUAGAAUGAUAUGAUCGGUGCAAAGCUGGCAGAGUCGGGUUGUUGAGCAAACCAAAUUGUGUUUUGUUACUAUCAUCUCAUUUACAUGCAAAAUUAAGAAUAGGCAAUUAAGGGUAAUUGUGUUGCCUUUCUGGAUACUAGUAAAUUUUACAAAUUUUCCUAUCUAACUUGUUAUUAGGACUGUCUGAUUGUAUUGCAUUAAACCCUGCGGAAAGAAAAGAGAUCCCAAAAUCAUGAAGGUUACAGUUUAGACUUUA